GCGCCCAGCAGGGUUUUCACCCUGCGAAUAACGACGCCAGUCUGUCGUUCUUGACAUUCAUCCCUGUUCUCUGGAACUUCGCCAUUACGAAAAGAGUACGAGUGCACCAGUCAUUGUGGCUGAUUCUGAAGUCGUCGUCUUUCUCAUUGCCGAUCCACUUCGUCGCCACCAGCUUCUCUGUUCGGUUCUUUUCACCAGUUACACCACAACCCCUGCUCUGGGAGCCUGGCGUCUGUCUCAUCUUGCAGGCAAGUUUCCGCCCAUGACGCCGCUUGUCGUGCACAUGUCACGCGGAUUGGAACAUGGCCCGUUACACAUGACUUCUGGAAAAGUGUCGUUUGACCACUUUUACGCAGGCUCUCAGCGAGUAAUGACAGGCGAAGCCUCCGAAUCCGUCGAGCUGGCUCAGUGUCCGCAGCCGGUUGGCCAUGACUUUGACCCCGUAGUGUUAAGCAUGGAAUGACAGAAGUCAGACACUGCCCUGGCGUGACAUCCCCACGCUGGGUACGGGAGCAGCCUCCGUGGAGCCUCUCUUGAUGGGGACUCAACUGACACCAGGAGAUGCAUCUAGAGUCGAUGAGACCGAAUGGCAAAGCAAAGAUGCCUUCGGUCACCAGGUUAUCUUGGCUGCAGGGGGAUAUUAGGGUUUGUCAGUGGAAUGUACGAAUGGUGCGCGGGUCAUUAGCGCCGCAGCCGUUAGAGCUCGAGACAGAGCCACGGGCUUUGCUGGUGUGCCGCAUUGUUAUAUGACUCGUGCUAAACAAGUCUCUUAUUUCGUCCGCCAUUAUCAUGCCUGCAAGAUCCGCCGCAACCAUAUCUUCCCCAGGUACUUGAUCACUAUCUACCUUCUCUUCCCUCUCUUCCGAUACUGUUCAUUUGGUCAUCUAUCAAGCAACAUUGCUAAAUGAUACAUUGCCUUUGCUGUAUCACGUGGCAUAUUUGGUGGCUACUAUUUUCGCUAUCGGACACUCCGGCAUAAUCACUGUGGCGCAUAAAGGGUCGGUUGGGUCUCAACAUUCCUAUGAUUUACCUCCUCUCGACACUGGCCUGAAAUAUUUGUCUCGGAUGUUGGUCACUUGUACGACAUAUGUGGGAGACGUCUCCUGAGGUUUCAACAUCAUUACUUCCAUCGGCGAAGGGGACCUUGUUGCCCGAUCGGAUGUCAGCAUAAACCAACCAUACUACUGCGACAUAUGUUCUCUCAAGCAAGAUCACAGGUUCCCGAAUGUUCCCACUCUUGGCUACUUCAGGAGCGGUACCGGAAUGAUUUCCCAGUCGUGUUCCUUUUUGCUUAUACUCAGGGGGAUUAGCGAGCAAGAAUAUCAACCGAAACAUGUCACACAGAACACCAAUGUAUGACACCCGACAGGGCCUACCCAGAACGGCAGAUGCUACAGUGCCACGGGGUACUAGGUUGCCAACAAUAGGUCAGAAUGGACGUCAGUCAAACGCUAGCAGAUCAGAUACGGCCACGAGCUCUCAUUUUCAAUCGGACCCUGUCAAUGCAGGACUGGCAAAACCCCAGGGAUCAAAGCCUCGCUCAAAGCCUACGUCAAUCCCUCGAUCUGCAACAAAAUCCCCGUCUCUGAGACCGACUGCAGCAUCCAGAAAUGCAUCUUCUCCUUCCUUGAUGAGCAAGUCGACUUGGGGAACACAACCAUCUUCACAAGAAGUCUCUCUCAAGAUGGAAUCCCACCAAAGACAAUCUCGUGGUAACUAUGAACGAGCUGCUGUGUGGAAUCCAAGAUGCACCGAGUCCUCGAGCAGCACCGCUGUAUCCUCGUUGGACACCGAGCACGACGCAAUCUUCGGAGUGGUCAUGCCCAGGAAUACUAGUACGAAAAGGCCAACGAACCUGCCACCUCGCUUGAUACCCGAACUGCAAGCGCUUGCUGCCUCGCCGUCGAGAUAUCAGGAACCUCUAAACAGCUCCGCGAGCACAAUCAAUAGCCCGUCCACCUGGGCCUCGAGUACAAGAAGUCCUUGGAGUGAAUCCACUACAACGACAACCCCAAUCUCAUGGCCUUCAACAUCUCCAAGCGUCAUACAGCAAGUGUCUAUCAAGUCUCCUUCGAAGCGUGUACAAGUUAUUCCCCUUCGACAAGCGAAACGUGGAAAUAUUCCAAACGUACCGGCUGUUCCGGAUGCAUUUUCAGGAGCAGGAAACAGUCCCGAGCUCAGUUCUAGGGAAAGAAAAGAUACAUCUAUCAGAAAGGGGACACCUCUAAGCACGCCGGCACCCACUCCUCCCCCAAGGACCUCCUCCGCAAAGCAGUCCUUGAGCAGGAGCAGCAGCAGCAGAAGUCGGAAGCACCAAGUGCCCACUCCGGUGCCGCCAGAACCAAGCUAUAGGGAUAUUGACCAUGUUGUCGAUGCUUCCCAGCGAAUGUCGUUGACACAAGCACAUAGUGAUCUCCAACGAUCACUGGCGCCGCAAUUGGACGAGUUUGCUCAUCCAAAUAUAGUAUCAGUUGGGACAGGUUUUCAAUCAAUACACCGACCAAGCAGGAGCCAGGAGGGUUUACCCCAUGGGACUUGUAUUACUACUACAUCCGCCAAAGAUGCGGUAGUAAGCCCUUAUGAACACCGACCUAUCACACCAAGUAGGACAGCUGCGACCACCUACGAGUCUCCUAACCGGCCUGGAAAAUUCUCUCGCUUGGGUAUAUUUGGUCGUCGAGGAAAAUCACCAGCACCAGAAGUCGAGAAACCUUCUAGAAGUCCACGAAAGCUGCAACGGAAAGGACCGAUUGCAGGUACUGGCCACGAAGGCUACGGGAGACAUGGAAGACGGGGUCGAAAGGUGUCACAGGAAGGCGCUUCAGCCGACAAUAGCGAGAGUGAAAGAUCCGUAAGCAGUACGCGGCGAGUGCCUUUGUUCAUAUCAAAGUCCAGCGGUAGCCGGAGCAGCAGUCGUAACCAUCGAAACAGUCAGUCCGACUUGGACGACUUUGCUUCCACACGGAUGAACCCCGUCCCCAUCAUAGGAGGGUCAGGCAACAGCCUACGGAAUGGCUCCGGCAGUCGGAUUGACGUGUCUGAUCCAACGACAGAGCAUGCGAUAACAGAAUUUGACGAAUCAAACUUGCGACGACAUCCUUCAGAUAAUGAGUCCUUCUUCGUCAAUACUUCUGGCGAUGCGGUACGCCCAACACUUGCUGUACGACGGUCUCAACGGUUCCGAACGGACUCGGAAACUUUCAACAUACCAGCACCAAUAAGAACAGAUCAGACAGCAGUUCCCUUAUAUGUGACGAGCCAAGAUACGGCCCAGGCCUCAUUUUCAAUGUCCACGUCGACGCCAAGUUCGACGGCUGAGUUCAAUCGUGGCGAUCCCACGACCACUAAGACUAAGGACAAAAGACCGCGCAAGUUGAGAUGGAACAUCUUCCGAAAGAAAGACGCAGAUGAUGAUUCACAAAAGAUAACCAUGCCACGUGCUACUGUCCCUGAAGAGAUGUCCGUUGCAGUCUCAACCAUACCGAUCUCUCGACCAAUGCCAUACUAUGCCAUGAUGGAUUCAGAAAGUGAGAUGAACACCAGUGAACAUCCCGGGGAUUCCCUGGCCCUGGGAGUCGACUCUCCGUCCGUGAGUUCUCUAAUGUAUCAAUAUGAGAUGGAGAAUGCACAGGAAUCAGAUAUUCAGACACAGUAUAUCGGAGAUACCUAUUUGCCACCAGCCCCGAUCUCGCCGCCCCGUCUCCUACCAUCUCAUCUGCCCGCAACACCUGGCCAGCGGCCCAAUGAAAAGACACUCUUAGAACCCGAGCAGUCCCAGAGGCGUCCGCCUAGAUUGCCUCGGGUGGGAAGAAUCCCUCAAGUGGUGCCUAGGGACGAGCGAGAGCACAAACCUAGCAGAUCGUCAUUUUCUCAGCCCUUCGCAAGAACAUCAGAAUCUGAGAUUGUCGGCGGACAAGGGCCAGUUGCUGAGCAGACACAGGGAUCGUUUUCUCAAUUUGGAUUGGACGUGCUUCCGAGGACUACGUUCAACCCGAUGAAGAGCGCAACAUAUACGGCACAUCCCCCCUCAGCAACAGAAUUUCUGCAAUUCCCUUCCCGAAAAUUGUCCAAUGACUCUGCCUCAAGCAGUUCUGAAGGUGCUUUAAGCAUACCUGGGUAUCCGUUGAUUCCCGGCUCGCCUGAGAGUGGCUUCGCUCCUCCACAUACUCAAAUUGUACCCCAAAGUCCUACAAUCGACGAAGUUUGGAACGAAUAUGAUGAUUUUAUAGAUCAAGUCAUGUCUCCAUCCAGCAAAAGAGGCAACGUGAGGAGGCUUGCUCAUGACAAGAGGACGAAGUCGGAGGAUGUCGCGAGUCCGUCGGCAAAAACUUCUGGUACACAAUCUCGACAAUUGAGAACCAAGCAAUCUGGCGGAAACAUUCCAAAUCCUGGGGUUCCAUUCGCAGAGAGGCCACAAAUCAAGGAAACUGCUACAGCGCCGUCCUUAUCCGCAACCAUGAGAGCGCCUCUCUCACUGUCACCACCAGACCGUGGGGACGAUGUGAGACUGCGCAGAUCGAGGAUUGUGUCAGCACUUCAUUCGUCAAUGGAUCCGGCAUCUCCAUUUUCCAUCCGCGAGUUCCUGAAGGAAUACGAACAAGUCCAGAGAAAUAGUGCGAGGCUCUCCGAUGAAACUGUCCGCCCGGCAACAAGUCAUUCACUAGAGCUAUUACUUGCGACGAAGGCAACUGCAGCAACAGAGACCGGCCCAAGUCACCAGGAAAAUGUUGCUUUGCUGGACGUGGUUGCACGGAAUAAAGACCCAGUCGGACAGUCAGAACUUCACUAUGCCUCGCUCAUGGUUGCAAAGUGGCUAUCAUUUGGCCGAGUGCUAUUCUCUCCAGCACAUGAUGAGAUCCAUACUAUCCCGGAACGACACAUACUUGUCAUUGACGGCCUAGGCAACGAGGAUUGGUCAUUUUAUUGUGCGGUUACUUACGAAGAGCAACGGGCGUUUGUACACGAUUUAAAGGAGAGGGGCAGCAAGAGAGCCGCAAAGGAUCGAAGGACAUCACAAGAUGCUCCAGAAAACCACCAACGAGUAGAGAUUGCCAGCUUCCACAACCGAUUCCCCUUCCCUUCAGCAUAUUUCUGUGCCGUGGUGGUGCGAUUUCCACCUGCGAUGCCAGAGGCUAAAAUGAAGAACAUCAUUUCUGAGUGCAGGCGAGUGUUACUUCCGGGUGGCUACAUGGAGCUCAUGCUCCUCGACCUCGACAUUGUGAACAUGGGUGUCCAAACUCGCAGAGCUGUGCGCGAACUGAAAUUCAGGAUGACGACGGCGGACCACCAGAUCAGCCUGAAACCAAUCAUUGACAACGUUCAGAGUCUGCUCGGAGCGCGUGGAUUCUCAAACAUCAGUCGUUGUGUAGUGGGAGUUCCCGUAGCUGGCCAUCCCUCCAAACCAACCGAUUCGCCAUCCUCAUCGCGCUCCAGUGGUGGUUCAGAAGGAUCCGGUGGACAUGGAUCCCCGGACAUGCGACAAGCAACAGCAUCCCCUCGCAUGGCUUUUGGCAAAGGGAGGAAGGGCACCAACUUGUCGUUGAAUGAUCUCAUCACUGACCAUUCAGACCAUGCAGAUGCUAAGAUUGGCAGAAUCGUUUCUAGGACUGCUAGAACGUGGUGGCAACACUGUUUUGAAGCCAGUGUAAUCUCUGACGGCAACCUUUCGAAAAGCAUCUUUGCCGACAAGAGUGUGCUGGGCGAAUGCAAGGGCCGAGGAUCGAGCUUCAAGAUGUUAAUAGCAUAUGCACAGCGCCCUGUCUUCGAGGGCAGACGACGAACCAUGAGCGAAUCUGCGCUCUCGACCAUGGCUACGGCUGGAACUCAUCGGCAGGGCCAUGCGGGAGCGAGUGGAUCGCGUACGGCGUGAUGAAACUGCCACAAGGCCUUAGCCAAGUGACAGCGAUAUGAUGAUGCUAAUGAUGAUGCUGACGAAUAUGAGAGGCCCCGGAGGCCUCGGACGAAACGACCUGCACGAACAGGUACGCAACAUGACCUUUGAAGAAAAGCGAGUUGAAAUUUGGUUCGAAAGAUACCCUCACAUGAAUCAUGCCAUGUUUGACGAUGAAGCGACCGUUUGGUAUUUUGCCAGGAUUAAAAGCUUGACUAUAUGUGGUGGCUUAAAGACCUUUACUCGAUACAGCCCAGAUAAGAGUCUCAGAAAGCGCAAGCUUACAAUAAGUAUGUGGUUGUGUAUCUCUGGAACGGCGGCUGCUGGCAGCUGGCUCGAUGGAUGCACUGAUAGUUGUAGAUGUAAAACAAUCUUGAUCAAAGGCUAGGAAGGACUGGCCUUCGACGUCCGCCGUAUUUCGUUUCAAGACUAUUCAUAGACCGUAUGAAC